AUGGUCAUGCAGCCACUAAACGUGUGGCCUGCGUUGCUCAUUUCAUUUCUUCUGCUCCUCCCUUUCGCGGCAGCUACGAGCUUCUCGACUCUCAAUAUCGUUAGCGCCGAAGAUCUGCCCACCCACAUUAGCUCUACCAGCUCAGAUAUUGCGUGGCGUCGCGCACAAGCUACAGCCGAUGACGCCACUAGCCAUAUCAACUCUUUUCGUCCGUAUCCCGGUACUUCUGUGCCCGACACCGUCAUGCGCUAUCUCGUUCACGAACGUCACGGUAUCGACCACCACCUCCCCAUGUCCAUCCUUCCAGAGCAUCGUAUGACCCUUGAAAGCAAGGUGGACGAGCUGCUUUACGACCCGCGUCGACGCACACCUGUGUCCCACUUAAAGUACGAAGGUCAAACAUAUUUUCUCUUUCCCGCUUGGGACUUUCACGACUUAAAGUAUCCUCGUUGGUCGUGGCUCUGGAAAGAACCAGAGGGGAUUCGGUCGACACAAAUGCAGCCAUUCUUUCUGGCGAAAGUGAAUCUCUGGGAUCCGGAACGCAAAUACGAGCUGAUGGCGGUGAGAACAACAGCAACAGCGGAGGACAAGCAGUACUUUGCCGAUAGCUUGAAAUUGGUUCGUCGCAAAUUGAUGACUUUCCCGGAGCUACUGUAUCUUGCUGUUAGAGGCCACUGA